AUGGCGGCGCUCAACCCAACCGCCAUCACCUUCGACUUAUCUGGUAUCAGCGCUCAGCUCAGCACCACUGUCGGCGGCACCAUGGGCGACAUCAAGACCACCCUGGAGAGCGGUUUCGCCACGAUCAACCAAUCCAUCACCAAGCUUUUUGAGCAACUUACCUCGCCACAAGACAAGGCGGAGGAUAAGCUCGACAUCUCGGGCAUGCGCGAGCAGAUCUUGGCCAACGUCCAGGUUCUCUGGCCUGCGCUGACGCAGGACACACCAUCGCGCAUGCCAGAACCAACGUUCUACCUCACCAUCAGGGGCACCGGCACUACGAUCUUUGGCGAAGUCUCCUACACAUACCCUCGGGGCCCCAAGGGCGAUGGCAUGAAGUAUCGCAUUUUCAGAGGCCCAGACUCGCCGUCACUUUAUCAGGCUCUCAAAUGUCUGUUCGGUCUCACCCGCGAGAUGCUCAAUGAGCUGGGAGCUAAAGCAAUCGGAAAACCGGCAGGCUGGCAGCAGGACGCGAGAGAGGGUAACUCCUUCUAUUGCUUUAUGCGUCGGUAG